AUUUCAUUGCUCUGGCGGGAUAUAUCGAAUUUACGUUACUCCAAGUUAGGAUGGUUUUUGUGAAGUCACUAUUUCGUUACUAUUCGACUUCUCGGGCUCUAUAACAAAAUAUAUUUAAAUCUUGGAAAGGUUAUUAUUAUUUAGCCUUUGGUGAUCGCAAUAUGACCAAAAGUUUAACUACAGCUUUCAACGAAGAAAUUGCAAGGUGCUUCACGAAUGACAAUGUUUUCAAGGAUUCUAACGAUCAGAGUAAGCUUCAGGAUAAGACAAAAGUGUUCGACUCCAGGCAAAUUUUAGGUUCACUACUUAGUCACAACACAUUCCAGCCAAUACAUUGGUUUGGAACGUGUUUGUAUGGUGUUGUUCUUGAAGCUCUGGAUAUCAAGGAAGAGAAACAACCUAUUGAUAGUUACAAUCUAGAUAUACCCGAAGAUGAAGCCAUUAGUUAUGCAUUCGACCACCAUUCGUUAGUAACAUCUCAGCUGCCUGAUUCAUACGACGACAUCGUCCAAACGGCCGACGAAAUCAUUAAGGAACUCGAUAUUCUCAUGAAUGACGAUGAUGAAGAUGUCCCUUUAUCACUGUGCAAUAUGGUUCAGUCGGAAUAUGAACGUCCACUGGUUCCAGAAAAUAUUGGAAAUGAAUGGCUUCCUGAAGAAGCUAUGCAAGAUCUUUCUCUGAAUGAACUCAAUGCGUUACUAGAAGAGUUAGAAUCUUGUGUGCGAGAAUACUCUGCUAUCCUUGUACAAGAAUUAGCUUAUCGAGAAGAAUUGGAUUUCGAGCAAGAACAGAAAGAUAUUUUUAUUGCGCGGUUAAAUGAAUUGCAUCGCCGUCUAGAGCGCCGGAGACGUUUAAGUAUGCCACCUGAUAGUCAUAUCCAGUUACUGUCGAACUCUAUGUUGGUAAGAGACUAUGACGAAGCAUGCACAUUUCAACAAAACAAAGUAUUUGAUAAUGCGGGAUUACCACAAAAUUCUGUUCAGAAAGAAACCACACAGUUCAUUUUACGUGCACAGUCAGCAGCGCACGCAGCGGUUGCUGCAACGUCUUCUGCCACAGUCGCAAUAAAAAGACAUUUGCGGAAGCUGAGUACAUUUUCGAAAGAUACUUCAGGAACGCCAACUCAUAAGUCAGAUCUACGAAAUCCUAUUCACACAGCAUGCAUUUUUCCAGUUGACGAAUGUGACAUGAACACCUCUCCAGAAAAAAAUUGUCACACAACUCACUGUCCAACAACUAUAUCUGCACGAGCUAUUGCUAUUGCUCGUCUUCGAAAAUGGGCCGGAAGAAAAUCAAAAGGACCUUCAGAAACGGAGAACACCAGCACUUUCAGGGCUUUCCUUCGUCGUGGACGUCAUCAAACAGAAGCACCAAUAAACUCGUUUGUCCGUAGUCGAGAAGCUCGUUCAGCAGUUAACAGUCCUACCUCAUCACAACUUGAAUUCCCUUCAAUACCUGCCACUUUAACCCACUCAGCUUCUGGUCAUUUAAUUGGGCGACCUGAACUGAGUUCGGAUGAUCUUGAAUAUAAGUAUUUGACCACUUCGGUUCCAUACCACCGAUCUCCUAGGAACGAAGGGCCUACCGUUACUCAGUUGGAACUUUUCAAUGAUAUGCUUCUAGCUAUUUUAACGAAUAAUCCGAAUCUCACACCUAUGCUUACCGACUAUAUUCUUAAUGUUUACGCUCCGGCUGAUCGACGCUUAUCUAAACUUCCAAUUUAAGCAACAACGAAUUUUGAUUUUCUACCAUUAUAUCAAUUCAACAUCGAGUAUAAGUCAAUCAUCUGGUCAUUUGCUUUAUAUAUUUUAAUUAAUCUGUUCUUUUUGUUUUGAUAUAUAUUAUUAUUAUUAUUAUUAUUAUUUAGCUUUGAAAAUUAUUUUAAUGUUUAGUUUGAUUUUGCUGAUUUCUUUUUUUUUUGCUUCUUAUGCAUUCGUGAAUUUGUUUGUUAUUUUCUUUUUAUAACAAACACUCCGCUGUUUCAUUAAAUUUAUUAUUCUAGCUAAAUUACUCUUUUAUUAAUUGAACUAUUAUUUUCGAAUUGAAUGCAUACUUUUUGAAAUGAGUAUAUGAUAAUUUCAAGGAAAUUUUUUCGUUAGUUUAGUCAUCAUUAUAAUGCUUUACUAUAAUUAAUUAUCAUAAAUAGGCAUAUGUAUCCUUUAUCUAAUUUAUGUUUACUUGGUCAUUUUAAAUAGUCACAUUAUGCAUUAUCGACUCAACUAUGUUAUUUCAUUUAAAGCCUAUCACAUUUUAUCGCAUAUUUCCCUUGAUCAAUGUGCAUACAUACGACACAUAUAUAAUAUCGAUUUACAUACAUAUAUACAUGAUAUUAUUGUCUGAAAUGAAUAAAAACAAGUGAUAUCUUCUCAUUAAACUAAUUUUGUUUGUUAAAUUACAGUUAGUUAAAUAAUUCUCGACAUUUCUGUCGUUGCUUGAAUCUCUCAAUCAGCUUUUUUUUUCCUCGUCAGUACUACUUCUUCCUUUUAUUUUUGUUACUAUUCAUUCAUAUAUUUAAAUUAUUUGUCUAUUCUCGUCAGAGUUUUGAUUUUAAUCAAAAGUUUCUAGUUUUUUAGUUUGUUUCUUCAUAUUCUUCACUAUUACUUGCAUUUAGAUUUUGGCGGUUUAAUUAACUGUUCAUUUUUAAAAAUGUUGCGAAUUCAUGUUAUCUAGAUCAAAACAUACAAUAAAAAUUAUUGUUGUCUAAAA